AUGCGAACUCCGACACAGAUUUCACGACCACCAGCCAAUGCUCCGAGAUACUCUCCAUCUGUUGGCUUGCAGAAACAGCACCCAGUCAACAAUACGCCAGGUGCUCAGAGCUCGUCGAACACACCUCACAACAACAGGUACCUGCAGGGGGUGCAAGGGAGUACGAGCAUGCAUCGACAGAACUCGGUCGAAAAAGAUGAGAGGACUGUGAGGCCCAGCAUUGCUGGAGUUGACAGAAAAUCGGCAAGGAGACUUCCCCUAUCAUGGUUGUCCAUCGUGCCAGAGUGCAAGAUAUACAACAAACUGGUAUCCAUGGAAACUACCUUGGAGCAAUCUAGGAUCCAAAAGUUACGAGAAUGGUCCAACACAAGGCAGCCUGGAUCUGCCGACGACCCAUCAGGCUCGUCGGGGUCGCUCGGUCCUCCGGCAUGGAGCCUGUAUGUGGUGGGCAAAAUCCUCGGAGAAAAUCUGAUUGAGAUAGAACUUCCAGACAAUGUUUUCGGCAAAGAUUCUAAAUAUGUUUGGAAUGCAAACGACGACACCCAGUCAGGGAACGUUGUCGAGCUAACCCGAUUUUCAGACGAUUCCUUGACAGAUUUUUUUGGAAUCCAGACCGGCAGCAAGCAGGAGUUUGUACGGGCAUUUUGGAAUUAUGUUAAAUCAAGGAAACUGCAUGAUCCAGACGACAUCACCAAGAUCAGAUUCGAGGAAGAGCUGAGGACGAUCUUUCGACAAGAAUCCAUCAAGUUCACUGAAAUCUCUUCGUUGAUCGAACGCUGGCUGGUUCCUGUUGGACAUCCUCCUGUCAAGAUGUCCCAUCGCGUUAGACUGUCGGGCAAGCAGUUGCAUUCCACUGCCAUGGAUGUGUCGGUGCGUGUCGGAGGGUUGUCAUCAAAGCUGCUCAAUUUCAACGACGAGAUCAACGCACUGGAUGCUUCUAUACAGGAAAUCUUCACCAAGAUGGCCCAAGCCAAGCGGAAAAGGGAUUUCAUGCAGGCCUUGUCUCAGUCCCCCGUCGAGUUCUUGCAGAUGGUGAUCAAGGGCCACAAGCAGGAUAUCGUUGACCUGCGAAACUGUCAAAUCUUGCAGCUCCCUGAAGCAGGCAUACAAGCUGCUGAGCUGCUGCCGGACGAGAGGCUCUGUGAGAUCUUCAGCAGCUUCACAAGCAUUUCAAGUUCGAACAAGUUCCGCUCUGGCAUCGACGAUAAUUUCACACCAACGACCUUUCGAGGAGGCGAGCAUGGAGGGAAAGCGGCAGAGAGUGGAUAG